CCCCCACCUCCGCGUUUGGACUUUGGGCGCCAAAGCGAAGGCGCCCUGCUGAGGCGCGAGCGGCCGAGUCGGUGAGCGCGGCGGUAAGCGGCGGCGGAGGCGGCGGCGGCGGCGGAGACGGCGGCGGAGGCGAGGCGACGACCUCCAUGGCGCUCUGCAAUGGCGAGACGAAGACAGAUCCCCGGUAUAGCCUUAACAGAUUGAUGGGGGAAGUGCUGUAAGCGACCACCUAUGAAGCCCGGCACGGCACACGAGGGGGUGGUGGGCCAGCAACACGCCCGACUUCCUUUGUCUCCCCAGUUGUGAUGUUUACUACACACCGCACCAGGUACUCAUUUGAGGAUGAGUCGACCUAGGGGAGGCACAGGACCGAUUCAGAUAUUCGUGACUGCUGUUAUUCGUGAGUGGGAAUCAAACUCGGGUUGCCGGGUUCGUAGCGCAGCGCGCUAACGGUUGCACCACCGCUCCCCACUAUGCACACAUACACACGCAGGCGGAGGGAGGUGGCGCAGUAGACAGAAUGGCGGCUGCGGGUGUGCCGCGGUAUGAGGAGGCGGUGGUGAUCCUUGACGCAGGCGCGCAGUACGGCAAGGUGAUCGACAGGCGUGUGCGUGAGCUGCUUGUGCAGUCCGAGAUCCGGCCGCUGGACACGCCGGCCUUCGUGCUCAAGGAGCAGGGCUUCAGGGCGAUCAUCAUCUCCGGGGGGCCCAACUCUGUGUACGCGGAGGACGCGCCACGGUUUGACCCUGCCAUCUUUACGCUUGGUGUCCCCGUGCUCGGCAUCUGCUACGGCAUGCAGAUGCUGAACAAGGUGUUUGGUGGCACGGUGCACCGGACCCCGACGCGGGAGGACGGGCAGUUCGCCAUCAGCAUCGACAACAGCUGCUCCAUUUUCCGGGGCCUGCAGAAGGAGGAGGAAGUGCUCCUCACGCAUGGGGACAGCGUGGACAAGGUGGCCGAAGGCUUCAAGGUCGUGGCACAGUCCGGGAACCUCGUGGCCGGAAUCGCCAACGAGGGCAAGAAGCUGUACGGCGUGCAGUUCCACCCGGAGGUGGACCUGACGCCGAAAGGCAAGAAAAUGCUGCGCAGCUUCCUCUACGAGGUGGCGGGCUGCAGCGGCCUCUACACUGUGCAGAGCCGGCAGGCCGAGUGCAUCCACACCAUCCAGCAGCGAGUAGGCAGCUCCAAGGUGCUGGUGCUACUGAGCGGCGGCGUGGACUCGACGGUGUGUGCGGCUCUGUUGAGCCGCGCGCUGCCCGAGGAGCAGCUCAUCGCCGUGCACAUCGACAACGGCUUCAUGCGGCGGCGCGAGAGCAGCGCCGUGGAGGAGGCACUCAAGAAGCUCGGCCUUAAGGUUACAGUGGUGCGCGCCAUGCACACGUUUUACAACGGCACUACAACGUUGCCCAUCUCGGAGGAGGACCGCACGUCCCGCAAGCGCAUCAGCAAGACGCUCAACACCACGAGCUGCCCGGAGGAGAAGCGCAAGAUCAUUGGCGACACCUUCGUCAAGGUCGCCAACGACGUUCUGGAGGAGAUGAACCUCAAACCGGAGGAGGUGUUCCUGGCGCAGGGCACGCUGCGGCCCGACCUCAUCGAGAGCGCCUCCCUGCUGGCCAGCGGCAAGGCUGACCUCAUAAAGACGCACCACAACGACACGGAACUCAUCCGGCAGCUGCGAGACAAGGGCCGGGUGGUGGAGCCUCUGAGGGAUUUCCACAAGGAUGAGGUGCGGUCGCUGGGCCGGGAGCUGGGCCUGCCCGAGGAAAUCGUGUCGCGACAUCCCUUCCCAGGACCCGGGCUGGCGAUCAGAGUGAUCUGUACGGACGAGGCGUACAUCUGCAAGGAUUUCCCCGAGACGAAUCUCCUCUUAAAAAUCAUCACGGACUUUGCCGCCAGCAUAAAAAAGCCUCACGCGUUGCAGCAGAAGGUGAAGGACUGCACGACAGAUGACGAGCAGGAGAGGUUGACGGAAAUCACAGGACGAAACUCGCUGCACGCCUUCCUGCUCCCUGUCAAGUCCGUGGGCGUGCAGGGAGACUGCCGCACCUACAGCUACGUGUGCGGCCUCUCCUCCAAAAGCCCCGUGCACUGGGAGUCGCUCUUAUACCUUGCCAAGCUCAUCCCCAGGAUAUGCCACAACAUAAACCGGGUGGUGUGUGUGAUGGGGGAUCAGGUGAGGGAGCCACCCACGGAUGUGACGCCCACCUACCUCACCUCGGGGGUGCUCGGCACGCUGCGGCAGGCUGACCACACGGCGCACACCAUCCUGAGGGAGUCGGGCUACACGAGCAAGCUGAGCCAAAUGCCGGUGAUCUUGGUGCCGCUGCACUUUGACCGCGAGCCGCUGCUCAAGCUGCCCUCGUGCCAGCACUCGGUGGUCGUCCGCACCUUCAUCACCAACGACUUCAUGACAGGAACGCCCGCCCUGCCCGGAAAGCACCUGCCUGAGGAGGUGGUGUACAAAAUGGACGAGGAGAUUCGCAAGAUUCCCGGGAUCUCUCGAGUGAUGUACGACCUGACGGCCAAACCUCCUGGCACCACGGAGUGGGAGUAGCGCCGACGGCUGCUUGAAAAUCCUCACCGACUCAAUAAAAUACCACACAUUCUCAGGCCCUUUCAUUGUUCGAAUGGAUGUACAGGAGUGCAUUGUGUAUUUUAGUUUUUAAUAACUCUGUGUUAUUGCUCUCUUGUCUGUUUUUAAAGUGCAGAGGCAGGGUGAGUAAGGGGGGGUGGGUGAUUGGGUACGGGGUGAGAGGUGCACACGUGCCUAUUAUUUUUGCAAACCGCGGAGCUGGGGUGGGUACGUGUUUUUUGCCAGCGAGCUUUUUGUUCCUGUGCACAUUGUUGCGGCCCCGCUCACCGAGAUAUCAAACUCGGUGUUUGUCGUGGAUUAGUGCCGGGAAAGUCAAGAGGAUCACAUUUUCUAAAUGAGGUGGCAAGCUUGACUCUAUGGUUUUUAUCUACACGAUUCAUGUUGCUUGUGUCCACAAAACCGUACGCAGCAGAUCAUGAGAUGGGACGUUUAUAAAUCUACAAAGUCCCAAACGUAGCGCUGCUGUUCCUGCAUUGGCUUUUUAAAAUAUAUAUAAUAAAGUGAAUUAAAAAGUGCCGAAAGUUACAGAAUGUUCGAUGGGAAUAUUGAAUGUUGCCAAGCAAGACAUGGAAGCAUAAUAUUACUUUAUCCCCAAUUUAGCCUUACAUAUCAUCAUGCAGGCACAUUGUUAGUGAGUGCCUAUGAAGGGCCAUCAGGGGUUUUAUGGCAAGGACCUCAUCCACCCACCUUUGUCUCAUCAGUUCUGACCUUUGCACAGCACCGCGUGCACUGUCAUGCAAACCACUGCUCCACAAUAUACACGCCCGUUGAGGGUUGACAGAUAUAUAAGCUCGGCGUGAGCAUUCCUGGGCCAGUUCAGCACAAAUGAAUGGCCGGUGCCACAGUGUUAUUUUCAGGACUGGGAAAGACAAAGGCUGCCAGGACCUGGCGUAUUGCCACGUGCCUGCAAAUUGGUGCUUUGAGAAACCAUUGCGAGGAUUGCGCGGGGCGACCAUGCGGUGCGACGGUGCAGCAGCGAGGGUUGUGUUGUAUCCCCGCGUAUGCCAUGGGUCUUGUGAUUUCGUCCCACCCUGCAAGACGCCCAUAAUUGGGAGUGACCAAACAUCUCCCGCAGGAGCCUCCGGGAGAAGCUCUCGAGACUUUUCGUUAUAUAAUAACAUGGUCUUUUUAUUAUAUUGCUGGUGACAUGACUAGUCCCUUGUGUUAACCAUGCAAGCCUUAAUAGGUGCUCGCUAACAUUUUAUUGGAGGAUCGUAUUUCACUCGCAUACACGGACCAUGGUUUUGGUAGAUGCCCUUAAGGUAUUAUGAGGUAGGGCUGAACAAAGUUGGUCACUACUGACGCCCCUAUUUUGCAAAGUCUUUAAUUAAUGCUGAUUAACAAUAAAAGUUUUAAAACUGAAA